AUGUCGUUAGCCAUGGAAGUCGAGGCCAUCGGCCAAGAAACCAUCGGCGCAAUCACGAUGAUCGAGGACGGCGACGAUGACGAGGUGCUGACUAGCGACGACGGGGGCAGCUACAGUCACGGAGAGAUGAUGGUCACCGACGACGACGAGGAGCUGUUCGAGCUCGACAUCACCUUCCUCCGCGGCGACAACGAGCACGGCCAAGACCGACACGAUACGCACGGCGCUGGUGAUGGCGCCCAUGCCCUGAUGGCCAACUGCCUGCUGCCAGUGAGCUCGGUCAGCAUGGCGGUGCCGGUCACGGACAGCAACACCGUCUCAUCCUACUAUGCCUUCUCCACGUACAGCAGCUCGAGGAAGUCCGGCAUCAGCGGCGGUGGCAAGAGGAGGCUUGGGCGAGCAGCUGCUGACGGCCGCAAUUCCACUUGGGCGAGGUUUCGCCUCUCGAGCAGGGGAUUCGCAACCAUGGGGAAUUUUCAGAGAUAG